UCGCUCUCGCCUGGCUGCUGGCUGCCUGGCUGCCCGCCUGCCUUCUUUGCCGUGCCUCGUGAGUCGGACGAGAGAAUCCGGGGAGACUCCGGCUUCCAGUGAUGGAGAGACGUGCUCUCUUCGUGUCGCGCUAAAUGGUGAUCGUGUACUCCGAAUGGUGACGGAUAAAUCGGAAAGGCCGAGACUGCACGAGCAAGUCUUUGCCAUUUUACGAGCGAAAGCCUUUCUCCUUGUCUUCAAGCAGCCGGUGAUACCCAUCUUUACUUUGAUCAAUUUCACGAAUGUCUAUGUAUAUUUGCCGACUCGAAUUCGCAAACGGUGCGAUGAUCGUUUCGGAAAUUCCUCACGUCGACUGCUGUUGAAUAUCGUGAAUGUGUAAUUGUGAUUGAUCUCUUGAACUUGAGAAAUAUUUGAGAAAACUCGUCGAGAGUAAAAGUGUUCAAGUAAGUCGAUCCAAUGAAAAAGUGAAAUUCCUUUUGGUGUAUAUAAUCGUUCGAUAUCCUCAUAUUAUCACUUUCAGCCGUCAGUUCAUUUCUAUGCUCUUUUGUUUUUAUCUAUUUAAACACAAGAUUGCCAUUUUAUAGGUAUCGUUUUCCUUUAAAAUUUCAAAGUGUGGAAACGUUUAACUGCUCUUAUGGUACUCUUAUGGAAGAGUAUUCGAUCGGACGAAAGAUUCGAUAGUGAUCGAAUGCAAUUUAUGGGAUAUACCAUUCGUACGUACGUGCUCGUUAUGUUCUUCAGUGGAAACGAUCGAUUCACCUAGUUUCGCUGAUCGUUACGAUCCGAUCGUGACCGAUCUUGCGGUUUCCGUACGAGGAGGCGUGUUCGUUUAACGUCCCUGAAUGCUGGACGUCCGUCUGGCAUUUCGAUUUCAAGAUUCGAUAGAUCCCCUUCCUAUCGUCGUUUGCUUUUCUCCUAACGAAAUGUAUAAUACCGUAUUAUCGUAUCGAUAUCGAUAUCGAUAAAAAAAUAAAAAAAAAUAAAAAAAAAGAAAAACGAAAUAUAUAUGUAUAUAUGUAUAUAAAGAAAAAAAGAACAACAAAUUUUCGAUCGAUUUUCUAAAAAAUUCGCGAUGAUACGAUCGAACGAACGAGUUCGAAAUGUCAAAGGGAAUGCUAUCGUGAUGCGUAGAAUUCUUAAAGUUAAAGAUCGCCUUUCGAUUCUCGAAAUACUAUCUCGCUGACUAACAGCAAGUUAUUUUUGAACUCCCGAAAUGCGUCUCGCUAAGAUAUACAUAUGUAUGUAUAUAUUUAACUAAUCUUCUAGUUGAUAAAACAAAGAAAAUGAAAGUAAAUCUUCAGAUCUUUAUACACGAGGAUAACUAUUCAAUGAAAUUGAUGAUGAAUUGCUUUAGGAAAAUUAAAAAGAAAUGUGAUUUAUACUAUUCCAUGGUGAAAAUUUUUUCGUUCGAACUAGCCUGAUUAAUAUUCAUGCUAUUACUAUAUCAUUAUUCUAAGUAAUGUUGAAAAAUUUAUAUAGUUAGAUGGCGAGAAUGAAAACGUUAAAAAAAAUCUCAUUAUUGUUCGUUACGUAGUACCGGCGACGUUCUUUCUUUAUAUUUUGAAAAGGAAAAAGAGAACGGAAAACGAGGUAUAUCUGCUUAACUUGGAUAUUAAUACAAUUCGUGGAAAGAGAAAAGUAGUUUUCUUAAAAGGUCUUAAUGUAAUUUUAACGGAGAUCGUGAGAAUAGAAAAUGAAAGACAGGACAGGAUUCUUUUUUUAAGGUUAAUGAAAUUAACCGACGUUGUUAAUGAGCUUAUCAUCAAGGUAUACGUCGGUAUCACGUUUAGUUUCUUCUCAAAUUUUCAGUUUUAGCAUUAUACCGUGUGUGGGUCUUUUAAAUGGUUUAUCACUUAUGACGUCAAAAAGAAGAGUAACGAGAGAAGACAGGAUGUUAUAAUGAAGAAGUUUUUAUUCAAAAACAAGAGAAAAGUGACCGAAUGAAGUGUACGUAAUCGGCAAGAUACUUCGUUAGCCGAGACAACAUAUAAUAUCCGUAAUACGGAUAAAGUGGUAACGGUGUUAUAUGAUGUGACGAGUGAAACUCGAUAUCGGAUGUGCUCUUUUUUUACGAUGAUGUCUUCGGCGUUGCUGUGAAAAAUACCGGAAACGGUGCCAAUCCUAUGGGAAGUGAUGUCUACCUAUUAUGGCAGAACCGCUUUCGAAGAAAUUCGUCAGAGCUAAGUACAUGGGUUCGUUUCCUGUGGCGAUUCCCGACGUUGCCAGCCGAGCGGAAUUCGUGCGCUCCCAACUGGAGACUCUCAGAUACAGCGAUCGGUCCACGCCUGUUCUCCUGAUAGUCUCGCUUGCGGGGAUCAAAGUAUGCAGUCCAGAUGGAAAAUGCGUGCAAAUGGCGCACGCGUUAAGGCGCAUCUCCUACGCGACUUGUGAACCCCGACACGCUCAGUUCAGCUUUUUGGCUCGAGAGCCCAGGGCGCAUUUUAGCAUCCAAUACUGCCACUCGUUCGUCACCGAAUCUGCAGAACAGGCGGAAGAAUUGAACACCAUAGUCGGCAAUGCUUUUCGUAUGGCGUACGUGGCGCAGCUCCAGCGCCAACCGAUCCUUCAGGAUGUAAUCUCGCCGCAAUCCUCACCACACUAUCGCAAGGACAAACAGGAACAUCGAACCUCCUGGAACAAAUCUUUGUCCGGCGACAACUCGAUCGCCGGGAGCGGAGGCGGUUGCAGGAAUUCGUCCUCGAAUUCGUGGCUGAAAAGUCGGACGUCGCCCACGUCCAGAAGUGGAAGCGGUUCGUCCGCAGCGGACAUGAACGUACAGCUCGGCAGCGCCGGCUCGCCCACGUUGCGACUAGCCAGCGUAAAGACACCAAAUUCCAUCCCGGGUCUACGGCCGUCGCAUAAUUUUACGAAUGUCCUCGGUCCAAUAACGAACGAGGAUGAGCCGAAAAGUAUUUCGCAGCAAAGUACGCCGAGUAGCGAUGAGAGCAAUUCACCAACGGAGUUGAACUCGUAUAAGAGACUGACGGACAAGCCACCGCUGAUAAAGCGUCUGGCGAUGGGCCUAACCGGUGGGCGCGACGUUCUCGGAUUAAAUGGUGAAGACGACAGCUGUCCCCUCGUAAGCGGUAGCAGCACACCAACUAGCCCCUCAAACAGGCCACAUUCCGGUGGCUAUAUCAACGAAGCGAUUAUCGACUCUGAAGGGACGAGACCAUCUUAUAAUAAGAUACAACCUUCCGAGACCAUCGAUAACACCAUCAAUGCUUCCAUCACUGCCAAAAACUUUAAUAUUGAAAAUAACAGGAUAGGACACAAUUCGCCGAGUUCGGGAACGGAAACGGAAUUUAAAUCGAAAAGAAGAUCACAAAUUAGUACCUCAAGUAGUUCGGUACCAGCAGAUGGGAGUACUCAUGGCUCAACACCGACACCACCGCCUUUGCCAGAAAGAACGGACAGUUUGAAUAAUCGCAGCGAAGAAGCCGAAUUACGCAAAGCACCUUGGUUCCAAGCUGGCAUACCAAGGGAAAUAACGUUGGAAGUGUUGAGUCAGGAGCCGGAAGGAGCCUUCAUGGUACGAGAGAGCACCAGUAAACCCGGAUGUUACGCCCUUUCGCUCCGAGUGCCGCGUGAAUUUCAACCAAGCGGAAUCGCCCAUUAUCUCAUAAUGCGAACUAACAAAGGCUACAAAAUUAAGGGCUUUACGAAAGAAUUCACAACGCUGACAGCCCUGAUAACCCACCAUUCCGUAAUGCCAGAGCUGUUGCCAUGUCCACUGUCGUUAAGCCGAUACAAUCCCAGCUUCGUGAAGAGCGACUCGAACAAGGAUUUCGCGGACAUCGACUCGGAUCCGGAUUACAACACGCUCGCGGAUUUUCGCAAAAUGAUGGCCGAUCUGAACGUCUAGGAAAAGAGGAACAUGCAUUACGUAAACAUGUUUCAUACGUUCAUAAUAACGCGGAAGAAUGAACAUUGUGAGUCUAUCUAUCAACGAACCGCAGGUUUAUUAAGAAGAAAAGACUCACGCAAGUCUGUGUAUAAAAAAAAAAAAAGAAACCUACACGAUUUAAUCGAGAUCACGACGAAUGAUAAAUUGUGUUUAUUUGUGAGGAAGAUAAAUCAUAAAAAAAUAUUGGACGUGAUAUCACAAUGAAAGUAGGUUAGUAUUAUGAAGGUAGAUGACAUCGAACGUGAUUUGAAACGUAAUUGACAAAAUUCUUUACAAUUACGAUUUCACGUUCGGAGUUCAUCGAUAGUGAUAAAAAUCUAUAAGACUAUAAAUAAUUUUAGGAAAUGGCACAGAAACGUGCAAAUCAAAAGUCAAUCGAUGCAAUGAGAGAGGACAACAAGUUGUUGAUCUAACUCUUAAAAACCAAUUGUCAUCUGUCUCGAUUGUUGAAAUUUCAAAAACAUUUUCUCAAGUAAUUUAAAAUGAUAACGUUGAAAUUUACUAUACCGAUCAAAGCUAUCCUCGUUAAUUUCAUUUUUUUUUUUUUUUUGAUUUUGAUUCAAAUUUAAUGUUCCCUUCCCACGUCGAAAUCGAUUAUUUUGUUUUUGAAUUUCUUUUCUAUCGAAACAGACUCAAUGAUCAAGCAAACGUUAUAAUCAAAAAAAUGAAUUUCGAAUAUUGAUCAAAGUUAACGCUACACGAUGUACGCUUUAUGAGGAAAAGAAGGUGAAAGAUUGAUCGAACUAUUGAAAUAACUUGUUUAAGUUAAUAAUAAUGUAUGGAUGUGUGUAACUUGAUAACAUACUCGAGUGUUCUCUUAAUAUAAAAAAUAAAUAAAUAAAUAAAUAAAUAAAAAGGAAGGAAAAGCAGAAGUUAAAUGAACGAAUAGUUCGAUAUUGAUCUGAAAGUGGCUCGUUAUUCAUGCCAUAUUGAUGUUCGUGCGGCUCGAUAGUACGUUAUCAAAUUAAUGUAAAUGUGUUUAUAUGUAUAUAGAUGAUAAUUAACGUUACGCAAAGCAUCUUAUAAUUUAAUUACGAGAGUAAAAGUGAGAGCAACGAGUAAACGAGAAUGGAGUAGUCGUGAAGUAGUUGGAAAAGCAAAAAAGUAAUUUAAAUAAAUAAAAAAGAAAAAGAGUAAAAAAAGAAAAAGAAAAAAAAAGAAAAAAAAGAGGAACAUUUAGAAUCGAAGGACACAAUUAUAGUGCUACUUUAAUCGCUCGACUAACCUAGUCUUGUACAGAAGUUGUGAGCGUAGCUAGUGUUAUAAAUAUAUGAUUGCGCACGUGUGUGUAUAUCGACCGAUAAAAAAAAAAAAGGAAAAGAAAAAAAAUAAAGAGAGAGGACUACAAAAAAAGAAAAAAAAAAAAAAAAAAAAAAGAAGAAGAAGAAGAAGAAUAAAGCAAAAUUGCGUGCCAUCUUUUGUACGCCAGAAAAGGAAAUACAUAAAUUCCAUUUUUAUCGAUCAUCAACGAGUACCGAAACGAUAACUAUAAUAAUUGUAAGGGCGGAUAUAGUAUGGGCGUAUGAGGUAAUUGUCUGUAAUAAAAACGUUCGUUAUAUACAUUAUCGAAACUAUGGUUGAAUAAAAGCAAAUAAUCUCAUCCGAAUGCCUAGCACUUAUAACUUGUUGAUCUAAUCGUUCGACCGAACAAACAAUUCGAAAUUAUUAAUUUAAGCGUAUAAUUAAUCUACUAACGAAGAGACCUGACACGCAAACGAGCGUAAUAUAACGAUAAUAUUUUCCGUAUUAUUUGUUCUUCGAAAUUCUUUUUCAUUUAUAAACAAAAAAGUAAGUUUCGACGAACGAAAAUAUAUACGACCUACGUAUCGCCAAAUUGAUCAACAACAUUUAAAUAAUUGCAAAAGAAUCGCACGAACGAUCGACAAAAAAAUCAUUAAACCGCUGUAAGCUACACUAAGCAAGACAUUAAUCGAUGCUUGAGAUUUGUAAUGAAUUUACGAAUCAUUAUAGCAAUGCGUUGUAUAAUUUCAAUAAAAUUAUUUAUUGCAAUAAAUAAUGAAUUAAAAGGAAUAUCUAUCACCUGGAAACAAUAGAGAUGAUUAUUUACUCUCUUUCAAGACAAUUUGAAUAUAUAUUUCUUAUAACUUAACGCUAUUGUCAUUUAUAUAUAAAAAUGAAAUCAAAAGUAAAAUCAUUUCUGUGUAUGUAUGUAUAUCUAAAAAUCGUAGGACAAAAUAAUCAUAUACCUUAUUCAUC